AUGGAUGAUAGCGCUUUGCGAAGCAAGUACCGAAUACAGUGCUUGAUGGCCGACGGUUGCCACGAAGACCGCCCCCCUAAUGCAUGGCUACAGCUUAAGGUUACCCGCAAAUCGGAGUCGGACGACGCCCCGCAGUGCCGUCAGUGGGCAACAGAGGAAGUUGUCCGAAAUGUUCGAGUGACAGCAAACGAAAUGAGUCAAUAUCAAUGCCGCGCUAACUCAAUCCAUCGUUUAUUCACAGGAGCAAACGAAACGUUGUCAGAUUUGUUCUUUAACGGCGUAGAAGACGUUCUCUGCCCGCAUACUGGUGGCUACAGACACAGCGUGCAAACACCGGCCUUUUCGAUUCAAAGGCAUUUGCCAGUGCCUGAGGCGCUUCAACAGCCAAGCGAUGAACAAAGACCGCAGCUGCGUGUUGUGCCUGCGAUCGCGUUCAACCCAUGA